AAUAGGGUUGGCAACGUAACCAAAACAACAGCAGCGUCAAAUAUGACAGAACAAACGUAAAAUUUCAAAAUUGUUAUUCUUCUAUCUGACAGUAUGACAAGAAGCAAUCUGUGUUUAUUUGUGUAAUCAAAUUAAGAGAAAUCGACUAUUUAAUGAACAAACAGUUUAAUACUGACGAAAUUUUUGAAUAAUUUGAGAAAAUGACUGAAGUACGAGAAUUUAAUAAUCCGUAUCCCGAAUAUGAUAGCAGUAAACAUCUGUUAAAUGUAAAUGAUCCUUUGAAGUUAUCUAAGAAUGAAAGGGAAACUUUGUAUGAUAAUUUAAUAAAAUUGCUACAAAAACUUGAGUCAGAAUUAAAAAAAGGAGUGGACUGGUUUGACUAUUCUGUCUACACUGGAACAUCAGGUAUUUCUUUAAUGUAUUAUCACUUGUCAAAUGUAUUGGAUAAUGGGAAGAAGGACCACUAUUUUACUAAGGCUUUAUAUUAUUCUGAAAAACCUUUAUCGGCAUUGAAACACAAGCGAUUUUCUUUCUUAUGUGGUGAUGCUGGACCUUUAGCAGUAGCUGCAGUGCUUUAUAAGAAGACAGGAAAAUUUCAACAAAGUCAAGAUUUAUUACAAAGUCUUGAGAAGAUAAGUAGAGAUGUGAUCUCUCUUCAGAGUGGAUUACCAGAUGAAAUGUUAUUUGGACGUGCUGGAUAUUUAUUUGCAUUACUGUUUGUCAUGAAGCAUAUCAGUGGAGAUUGUAUUAAUCAUACUUUAGUUCAACAGGUAAUAUCAUCUAUACUUCAAUCGGGUCAACAAAUGUCGAAAUCUGGUGACUACAAAUCCCCUCUUAUGUAUAGUUGGCAUGAUAAAUGUUACAUAGGAGCUGCUCAUGGUCUGAUAGGAAUUUUGUAUAUGCUUUUGCAGGCUCAUGAAUACAUACCUUUAGAGGAACUUAAUACUUUGGUAAAACCGAGUAUAGAUUUCUUAUUGGAAAUAAGAUUUCCCUCUGGAAAUAUGCCAUCUUCAUUAGGAAAUAAAAGUGAUCGACUUGUUCACUGGUGUCACGGAGCCCCAGGUGCCAUUCAUUUAUUUGGUCUUGCAUAUAAGGUGUUUGGAGAACAGAAAUAUUUAGAUGCUGCAAAACAAUGUGGAGAUUUAAUUUGGAGACGAGGAAUAUUGAAGAAAGGUUAUGGUAUUUGCCAUGGUGUUUCAGGCAAUGCAUAUGCUUUUUUAGUUCUUUACCAGUUGACAGACGAAAAACGUCAUCUGUGGAGAGCAUUGAAGUUUGCUGAAUGGUGUUUUGAUUAUGGAAAACAUGAUUGUCGUACGCCAGAUCGUCCACUGUCUCUGUUUGAAGGUCUUGCUGGCACUAUAUAUUUUCUUGCUGACAUGUUAAAUCCAGAGCAAGCAGCUUUUCCAGCAUUUCAAUUAUUUUAAAACAAAUACUCAAAAAGAAGAGGUAUGGGAAAGAGUAGAGUGCUAAGCGAUAAGAUAGCAGAUAUGAAAGAGGUGUGCAAAGACAGGAGUGUCUGUAGGAAUCUGAUAAAUGAAUGAGUGUAUGUGUGCAAUCCUUAUUGCCUAUUGCUCACCUCUUCUGAGAAAUAGGCAUGAAGAUAUGUAUGUAAGACAGAAAGCAGUGUUUCCCAACCACAUUUAAUUGAUGACCAAGAUGUUAUUCAAGACUGUUAGGUUGCAUAAUAAGUUUAUUAAAAUUUAAAAUAUUUGCUGAUAAAAAACUUAAGAACUGACAAAAUCUGUACACAAAUAACACUUUGAUUAGCUAUAAUAAUAUCCUGUUCACACAAAUCAGUUAUUGUAAAUAAUACAUUUCCUUACAGUAUGUAUUGGUAAAAUUAAAAAAGCUGAUUAUGCAACCCUGUUAUUUAUAAAGAUAUUGUGGCAUUGGUGCCAAUUUUAUCACUGAGCAUCAUAAGCAAUUGUUGCUACAAAAGAAAAUGAACAAUAAUCAAAUAAUUUUUUCUUCUUCCUAAUGGCUAUCUAUAAGGAAUCAUUACCAUUGCUCAUUUCUAAGGAACGUGAUGAUUUGUAUUUAUCAAAGUGAUAAAAUUAUAAAGAUCAUUGUGUCACUUAUUUGAUACCUAUUAAUCUUUAAUUAAAAUAUGCGUGGGCUGCACUGAAAUAUUGCCUGUAGGCAAACUGAUUCUAAAACUGGCAGUGUGUGACAUUAUUGGAAAACUAUGAGGAAUAGAAACUAUUUAUUAUGAUAUAUAAAUGCUGCAUGAAAAAAUUUUGUUUCAAAAUAAAAAAAUUUUUUUACGAGCUAAAACUGUAGGAACCUGAUGAAGAGCCCAGAAGGGGUUCGAAAACGUUUGUUUUUGUACUUGUUAAUCGAUCGUACCACACUGUAAAUUGAUUCAGUGUAUGUGAAAUUUUGUUUCAAUUUAGAAUAAAUUUGUGGAUAUUACUGUCAAA